AUGGAAAACAGCGUAAUUAUCAUCAAAGUAAGAUAUCUAUCUAAUUUCGGCGAAGCGCUUGCCCGCAAAAUACCCAUACAUAAGGAAAUUGGAUUAGAAGAGUUGGAGGUCAAGAUUCGAGAACGUUUCGAAAUCACAAAUGAUAAGAGAAUCGAACUUUGUUACACAGACGAAGAAAAUGACCGCGUCGUCAUUUCUUAUGAAGAUGAACUUUAUCUUUCAUUACAGAAUGAAAACCCGCCCACCUUUGAUUUGAUAGUUAAGUCAAAGAUUAUUGGGAAUGCUUUUCUAUAUCCUCAACCGUUGAAAGGAAAUCCGGGAGAAGAAGUCGAUGUUUGGAUCCCAGCAAAAUAUCUUACGCUUGAACAUGCUCUCAAUGAAGUAACAAAAGCAUGGGGAACUCAUAUUUACACUGAUGACUCGGACCUUGUGAAAGUACUUGUCCAUUCCGAAAAAUUAUUGCUAGAUGAAUUACAACCGAAAUACAAUGUAGUAGCAACUAUACGGUUUCUUCCCGGAUGCAUAAAAUAUUUUGGCUCAGAAAAUCAUGGCAUUACCACGUUCGAUUAUCCAGCUUACGGGACCAGCAUUGUGGUUGAAGGUGUUCGAAUGGUUCCUUUGCCCCCGGCAAAGGAUUAUUUGUGA